AUGGACCCAGUCAAGUACAUCUUUGAAAAACCUGCUCUCACUGGACGGAUCGCUUGGUGGCAGGUUCUGCUGUCAGAAUUUGACAUUGUUCAUGUCACUCAAAAGGCGAUAAAGGGGAGUGCCUUGGUAGAUUACCUGGCUCAACAACCCAUCAAUGACUAUCAGCCUAUGCAUCCAGAAUUCCCGAAUGAGGACAUCAUGACCUUGUUCGAGGAGGAAGUAGAGGAUGAAUAUAGGACAAAUGGAUUGUUGGGUUUUGACUACACGAACAACAUGGUUGAGUAUAAGGCGUGUGCCCUUGGGAUCCAUGUGGCAGUUGACUUCAAGGUCAAGUUGCUCAAGGUAUAUGGGGACUCAGCCUUGGUAAUCCACCAGUUGAGAGGAGAAUGGGAGACCAAGGAUCAUAAGUUGAUACCCUACCAAGCCUACAUCCAGAAAUUGAUAGAGUUCUUCGAUGACAUAUCCUUUCAUCACAUUCCUAGAUAA